AUGGAGGUUGAACCUAUUAUUAUUCCAAUUGAAGAACAUAAUAUAGAAAUUCAACAAGAAGAUGAUAUAGAAAGUGAUGGUUAUGAUCAAGUAUUUCAAUCGAGUGAAUUUUGUCGUUGGAGAAAAAAUUCUCUUUAUUUAUAUAAUAUGCUUUUUUAUGAAUUACUUGAAUGUCCAUCACCAACUGUUCAAUGGCUUGAUCAACAUACAAUUAAAGGUGAUCCUAAAUGUGAUUAUUAUCGUUUAAUUAUUGGUACACAAGAAAAAGAAAGUCAAGGUUUUGAUGAAUUAACUGGUGAACAUGGUGGAUAUGAAAUGGGCAUUCGAGGAUCAAUGCAUCCAUAUGUACCAAUGUAUCAUAUUGGUGAUGUAAAUAAAGCACGUGCUAUGCCUCAAAAUACAUUUAAAAUUGCAAGCUUUUCAUCGAUUAAUGAUGUUUUCUUAUUUGAUUAUAGUAAACAUCCAAGCAAAUUAAAUCCAGAUGGUAUAUGUCGACCACAAGCUAUUUUACGUGGACAUACAGAUGAAGGUUUUGCUUUAUCAUGGCAUCCAAUGCAACAAGGUUUAUUAUUAAGUGGUGCACAAGAUGGAAAAAUGUGUGUAUGGAAUUUAGAAAAAACACCUAUUAAUUCAACAACAACAGCAACAGUUCAUAAUGGUAUUGAAUGUAAUACAAUAAUUGAUCCAGUUGAAACGGUUGAUUCUGAAAGAAAACUUGUUGAUGCUAUUCAAUGGCAUCCAAGUCAUCCAGCUGUAUUUGGUGCAGCUGCCGCUUCAGGUACUUUACUUAUAACUGAUUUGCGUGCAUCAUCAGGUACAGCAGCACUUGUGGAGCCGUUAAUAUCCUCAACAUCAACAACAUCAUCUUCAAAAACUCUCCAAUUUCGUGUUAAAGUUCAUUCAGCUGAUUGUAAUUGUUUAGCGUUUCAUCCAGUUAAUGAAUAUGCUGUAUUAACUGGUUCGGAUGAUACAACAAUUGCUCUAUGGGAUAUGCGAAAUUUAUCUAAAGAAGUUCGACGUUUUGAACAACAUCAUCGUGAUGGUGUUCUUGAAGUAGCAUGGAGUCCAUUAGCUCCAAGUGUAUUUGCAUCAAGUAGUGCUGAUCAACAUGUAUUUGUGUGGGAUCUUAAAUCAAAUGAUGAAGUUAUUUUUGAUCAUAAAGGACAUGAUUCACGUAUACCUGAUAUAAGUUGGCAUCCAACACGACCUAUGAUUGCAUCUGUUGCUGAAGAUUCAUCAUUUCAAAUUUGGGAAGCUAAUGUUGUUGAAAGUCUUAUUAAUAGUAUUUAA